AUGGAGAUGUAUCAAGUAACGAUACCCAAUGAUGAUGCUUGGUAUCUCAUGAAUGAAAUGGGUUCAAUGGGAACAAUUCACUUCUUGGAUCUCAAUAAGACCGAGUAGACUUUUCAUCUACCCUACGCUACCUAAAUUAAAAGAGCAGAUGAAACACUCAGAAGACUAGCAGUUAUUGAAGCUGAAUGUAAAAAAUUCAGAGUUAAGCUAAUAAAACCAAGAAACGUCGAGUCUUUUUAAAAAUCUCUCAAGAUACUUCAAGCAGAGAAAAGAAAGGCUGAGAAUGUUCUGUUAGAUGAAAUUGAGACAGAUAUCGAGGGUAAAGAGAAAUUCGUUCAAGAGUAGAUUAAAAGACUUUCUGAUCUCUCUUCAGAUAUGAAUACUUUGAUUGAACAUAAGAAUGUAGUAGCUGCAGCAUCAAAGAUUAUAUUAUCUGCUUAUGCAGUUGGUUCCGACGUUAGAGUUGAUGAAGAAAAACAAGAAAUCAACAUUUAAAUGUAGGAGAUUGAGGGUGGUUAAGACGGAUAACCAGGAGUAGGUGAUAAUAUAGCUGAGGAGUAAAAAUAACCACUGAUUUAGAGGCAAGAAUAGACUUAAUAGCCUCUUACUUUAUUGCCAUCUACAGGAUCAGUUGCAAUUAGCUACUUAGCAGGUACUAUUAGCAAAGAGGAGAUAAUGAGAUUCAAAAAGAUGGUAUAUAGAGCAACUAGAGGUAAGGCUUUGACUUACUUCCAGGACAUGGAUUCUCAGGGUCUAUAAGAUUAUGCAGGAGGUCUUGAUCAGAGAAUGAGAGCAGUAUAUGUUGUUAUUUUCUAGGAGGGGUAACAUAUUAGAGACAAACUUAUUAAAAUCUGUGAUUCCUUCUUGGGAAAAAACUUCGACAUUCCAGCUGGAUGCGAGCAAAAUGCUAUAAAUAACUUGAUUACAUCAUUAGAACUUCAAAUAUAAAACCAUAAAAGUGCUAUUGGCUAAUCAAGUUAGGCUGACGCAAACACAUCAUCUUUAGUUGAAAUCUACAAAAUCUUUUUAUAAAAAGAGAAAGCACUAUAUACCUCAUUGAAUAAGCUUAAAAAAGAAGAUAAGUUAUAUCUAGGAUUCUGUUGGAUUCCUAAGGUUGAUGUUUAGAAUGUUAUGAAGGACAUUGAGGAUAUUAGGGAGAGGGACAAGAAUAUAGAGAUUCCUACAUUUAAAAUUAUUACUGAUCAUGAAAUCAGACCUCCUAGUUUGUUCAGAGUUAAUGAAUUCACAGCAGUAUUCUAAGAAAUUGUGAAUACUUAUGGUAUACCAACAUAUAAAGAAGUCAAUCCAAGUGUUUUCGCUUGCGUAUCAUUCCCCUUCUUGUUCGGUAUUAUGUUUGGAGAUAUGGGUCAUGGUUUCUUCUUAUUUUUAGUUGGAGCUUUCUUAUGUAUCUUUGAUGGAGUAAUUAGACGUAAAUUCCCUUCUGCAGAAGGCUUGUUAACUUUGAGAUAUAUUUUCUUAUUAAUGGGAUUCUUUGCUACCUAUUGUGGUAUUAUUUACAACGAUUUCAUGGCUAUCCCAGUCUGGGCUUUCGAGAGCUGCUAUGAACUAAGAGAUCUUCCUUAGGGAGAAUAAAUUCAUGAUCCAAAUCUACCAGCAGAUGCUCAUCAUCAUGUUCCAUAAGAAGCAAUUUACAAAGAUGACUGUGUCUAUCCAGUAGGAGUUGAUCCAGCUUGGUAUCUUGGUAAAAACGAGCUUGCUUUCCUAAAUUCUCUAAAGAUGAAAAUUUCAGUUAUUCUAGGAGUUAUGCAAAUGUCACUUGGUAUUACUAUGAAAGCAUUCAAUGCCGUUUACUUCAAAAAUAAGAUGGACUUCUUCUUUGAAUUUGUUCCUCAGAUUAUUCUUAUGAUGGUCCUUUUUGGAUAUAUGGAUCUCCUGAUUAUUUGCAAAUGGCUCACUGAUUUCAAAGGAAAAGAGCACAUGGCUCCAUCAGUAAUUACGACAAUGAUUGAUAUGGCUUUAAGUGGUGGUGCAGUCGCACCAGGAACCUAAGCUGUUGUUGGUUCUGAUUCAGUGCAAUAAGGAUUAAGUAUUGCUUUCUUAUUGAUUGCCCUAGUCUGUGUUCCAACAAUGCUUUUCCCUAAACCACUCUACAUUGAUAAAAUGAAUAAACUUCACUUGCAAUAGCAUCAUGAUGCACACAAUAUUCCUAUGUAGGAACAUAAGGGUGAAACUCAAGGUUUAUUAGAUGGUGAUCAACAACAAAGAGAAUAAGUCGUGUAACAAGUUGAAUACAACUAAGUUCACAAGUAAGAUGAUUGGAGAUCAAAGAAAGAAGGUGGUGCCAUUACAAAUUAUAAACUCUCUGACUUAUAAGCAAACGAACCACCUGCAAAUGCUGGACAUGGAGAGGCAUUCGCAGACAUCUUCAUUCAUCAGUUGAUUGAGACAAUUGAGUUUGUUUUAGGUACAAUUUCAAACACUGCCUCUUACCUUCGUCUUUGGGCUCUUUCACUCGCACACGGUUAAUUGGCAGCUGUCUUCAUUGAAAAUACUAUGAUUCCAGGUCUAGAAGCUCACUCAACUGCUGGAGUGUUCUUUGGUGUAUGGAUCGGAUAUUUCCUUUGGGCAUCAUUCACAUUCUCUGUCUUGAUGAGUAUGGACGUCAUGGAGUGCUUCUUGCAUACUCUCCGUUUACAUUGGGUCGAAUUCCAGAACAAAUUUUACAAGGGUCAAGGAUACAAAUUUGUUCCUUUUUCAUAUAAUCAAAUCCUAAAGGAAUACACAGGGUAUUGA